AGCACUCCAGCUCGCCGCUCUCUCUCGGUGCUGUCUUAGUGAGCUGGUAGCAGUAAUAACUCGUUGACUUGUCCUGCCGUUCCCAGUGCUUGGAUAAUUCCUUUGGGACUCAGUGUGUUGGUUGGUUUUCCUUCAUCGUUUUUAAGCCGCCGCCGCAGACACAGCCACACCAAAGCCACCAUGAGGGAAUACUACUCAAUGAUGUCCCGUCUUAAUGGCGUGAACGGCUACAACGGGUGUGGGGAGCUGAACGGUCCUGGGGGCGGCUCUGGCUGCUGGACGAUCGGCCUCAUUAAUGCUAAGGCGAAGUACCUCACUGCAGAGACCUUCGGCUUCAAGAUUAACGCCAAUGGCUUGUCCCUUAAGAAGAAGCAGAUGUGGACCUUGGAACCCGCCGAGAAGGACCUGAUCGCCUUCAAGUCUCACCUGGACAAGUAUAUCUCCGUGGACCAGUAUGGAAACGUGACCUGCGAGAGUGACGAGCGGGAUAUGAUGUGCAUGUUCGAGGUGUCGGUGACGGAUGACGAGCACGGGCGUUGGGCGCUGAGGAACGUGACCCGCGGCUAUUUCCUGGGCGCUGCUGGGGACAAGCUGAUCUGCACUGCUAAGGUUCCCACUGACGCCGAGCUCUGGACCAUCCACCUGGCUGCCCGCCCUCAGGUAAACUUACGCUCCCUGGGCCGCAAACGCUACGCCCACCUGAACGAGGAAGGCACGGAGAUUGAGGUGGACGCCAACGUGCCAUGGGGUGAGGACACGCUCUUCACACUGGAGUUCCGUGACCACAAGUACGCCAUCCACACCUCCAACAACCGCUACCUGCACAUGGACGGGAAGUUGGUGCCGGCCUGUGAUCGGGAGUGUCUCUUCUGCCUCGAGUACCACCACGGCUCCCUCGCUCUCAGAGACUACCGGGGUCAGUAUCUCAGUCCCAUUGGCUCUCGUGCGGUGCUCAAGACUCGUUCCAACUCAGUCACCAAGGACGAGCUGUUUGCCCUGGAAGACUCCCUACCCCAGGCCUCCUUCAGCGCUCUUCUCAACGCCCGCUACGUGUCCGUCAAGCAGGGUGUGGACGUGACAGCCAACCAGGAAGAGAUUUCCCAGCACGAGAAGUUCCAGCUUGAGUAUGACGGGUCCACGAAGCGCUGGUAUGUGCGGACCAUGCAGGACAAGUAUUGGACACUGGAGGCGGGCGGCGGCAUCCAGGCCAACACCACCAAGCCGACCUCCAAUGCGCUGUUCAACUUCCAGUGGCAGCCUGAUGGCUCCGUGGCCUUCCAGGCUAACAACGGCAAAUAUGUGGCCAUCAAGAAAUCUGGCCACCUCUUUGCCAAUGCUGAAAGUCCCGAUGAGGAGAAUGCUCGCUUCCACUUCUACCUCAUUAACAGGCCAGUGCUGGUGCUGAAGGGCGAGCAAGGCUUUGUGGGGUACAAGACGUCUUCCAGCUUCAAGAUGGAGUGCAACAAGGCUAACUACGAGACCAUCCGAGUGGAGCGUGGAGAGCAGGGACAAGUCUUCUUCAGAGGUCAGCAAGGAGGCUACUGGCAUGCCUGCGGUGAUGGCAUCAUGGCAGACUCUGAGUCACCAGAAGGCUUCUUCAUUGAGCUUCGUGAGGCAACCCGCAUGUGCAUCAAGAACUCCUCCGGCCAGUACAUCAUCACGGAGAAGAACGGAGGCUUCAAGCUGGGAGACACUGAUCCCUCCCGCGCUACACUAUGGGAGUUUUGAGGUGUCUGGCUGGUGUGGGGUCGUGAAGGGGUGAGAGGUCCUCCAGCCUGGCCUAGAGUACAGAGGAGGCAGGGGUAGCAUUAGCAUCACAUUAAAUGAUCUUUUAUGGUAAGGUUGUAGAUGUUUGAGAAUUUGUUUCAAUGCUGAAUUUGAUUUUGGGGCAGAUUGGCAACAUCCCAUCCAACCAUAUAAAUUUAGUGAUGUCCUGAAGGAUGAUGAUACCGCUCAGUAGGUGUAAUUAGAAUGUAAGAUAUUUUGUGAUGUUCUUUUCAUUGUUGUUGCUAACUACUGAUCUGCCCAUUUUUUGGUCAAUUAAGAGAGAAAUUUUUUUUUUACUUUUAUACCAAUGAACUGAGUUAGAAUCUUGAAACUUGGUAGUAUGAUUACUUACUGAUCAUCGACAAAGACACUCAGUAACUAGGUAAUGCUGUAGUCUUAAGGAAAUUGUGUUACGAAAUCCACCAAUAAAGAAUUCUCACAUGGGUCUUGCUACUCUGCGUCUGCUCAGUAGUUCUUGGAUCCUUGGAUGGGUAGUCGGUGGAGAGGCACUGGAGGUCCGCACAACCAAAGUAUCUACGUCUUUAUAUCUGUCCCUGUACAAUUAACCUGAAGCCUUGCUGUAUGUAGAUAUCAUUAUUAUUAAUAUUGCUUCCACAUGUCCCUAAGCUAAGUCGAAUAAUCUUGUACUUAAUUAUACUUUUUUACUCUUUCUACUUGCGACAGAUGACUGAUUGAUUUGUGGGAAUAUAUGAUUGACAUGUCUUACUGAUACAUUUACUACUAAUAUAUCAUCUAUAUUACAUAUUAGCAAGAUUUUUUCAUGAUUUUAUAAGGAGCAUUUUGUGAUAGUCCAGUCUCAGCGUCGUGCACCACCUAGCUCGUGUAGUGAUGUAGACAACAAAAGCUUGCUUUUCAGAGGCUGCUGGUGGCACUGUAACUUGUGCACCAAAAAAAUAUUAAACUCUUGUACUAAAUGUUACUGAACUUAAAAAGCCUUUUCCAUGGUAGGAAAUGUUUGUCUCAUUGUCAGUCUGGAAAUUUUCAGCCAGUAUCUUGUUAAUAAGUUAGUUACAUGAAUGCAAUACUACAGUGUAACAAUCAAUUGGGGUGCUUUAGUGUAUAUUUUAAAACAACAAACUAUUUUCAGGAGAUAAAGCCACAGCAGUGAGUGUAUGUGCUUAUACAUGUAGUAUGUAUGUUUGUAUGUGUGUGUGUGUGUGUGUGUGUGUGUGUGUGUGUGUGUGUGUGUGUGUGUGUGUGUGUGUGUGUGUGUGUGUGUUUUAUACCUACAUCUGUGUCAGUCACUGCCAGGUGCUUGCUCAAGGUCCUUUGCAUUUGCCAGAUUAAAUUUUGAUUAUGGCAAUGAAUGACUAAAAUAGAUUGCUUUAUAAUAACAUUUGUAAUAAAACUGAAAUCAGUCCUCUGACACAUGCAAUGGUACCAGCAGCCUCCACGCUCUUGGUGUCACAGCCACAGGUCCCACACUGUGGCCACCAGCCAAUGCAUUUAUGGAAGUUAAACCUUGACCCAGGACUGCAUAAGGGGGGUCAUAUAGAGCAGGAAGUCAGCUGUGUCCCUGGACCCGCCUGCCUUUUCUUGAACGAGUACUAGCUCUUGGUGUUUACUGUUCACCCCAUUUAGAUGUUUGUGUGCUAUUCACCAUGUCAUAUUAGCAAGUGUGUCCCUUUAUAACAUGUAUGUCAGAUGUGUAGAGAUAACCCUCAGCGUUGCCAGGCGUGGGAGUGGGGCGGGUCGGGGCACUGCUGACUCCCCCGCAUAAUCCUGCCGGGUGUAGUCUAUUGAUUGUAAGAUGCGCUUUAGGCUAGAUAUAUACUUUAUUUAUUGCAUUAUUGUAUAGCAGUCCGGCAUAUACUGCUUAUUAAUAAAGCUAAGCAGAUUA